AUGGCAUCCUUGCCGGUUGCAGAACACAACUUGGCUUGCCUCUCCACUGUCGCUGCGGGGCCAAAAUGGAGUUUUGGAGGUCGACCCGCGCAUCCCGUUUCGGAGUAUCCGGUCCCUGGUCCAGGAGCAUACAGCCCUCACUUUGAGCUUGCCAAACAGAAUGCACCGCAAUACGGGUGCGGUCACCUGCAACUACACGAACGGAUACCUCCCAUAGAGCGCCCGGGGGCAUAUCAACCUCAAAUUGCUGGAGGAAGACAGGCAGCAAGCUGGACGAUGGGAAGCAAACUAGCCCCACGAGAGCACCGUAGUUUGACCCCUGGCCCUGGUGCAUACUCGAAUGUGGUGCCGAAAAGCAGCGCCCCCGCUUAUGGAGUGGGAACCUCCACUAGGGGGGUAUUUUCUGCUUCGUUAUCCCCUGGCCCGGGCACAUACAACCCAGGGACUAAUUUUGGUAGUCGGUCGCCCCAAUGGAGCUUAGGAACAUCUCAGCGUUAUCACUUCACCCAGGGGAAAUCGAAGUUUCCUGGUCCUGGCGCGUAUUCUCCUUGUGCUACAACGAGGGACGGUCCAAUGUACAGCAUGGGAGCGAGGAUCACACCACGUAACAGCGAUCUUACUCCAGGCCCAGGAACCUACACUCCAAGGGUUCCCAAGAAAGAAGCAAACAGAUUCAGCUUCGGGAGUCGAACACCACAAGGGCACUUGACGGAGAGCGCUCCAGGGCCGGGUGCCUACACCCCGACUGAAAGAACAGUGUGGCGACGACCUCCUGCUUGGGGGUUUGGAAAUUCAAACAGAGCGUGCUUCGCUGUCAAUUCGUGCCCUGGCCCUGGCCAGUAUAACCCCCAAAAGAAAUCAGGAACUCCAUCCUGGAGGUAUCUCUGUUCUCAUCUAUGUCGUGUCUCUCCCUUGCCGUAUCUCCCUUCCUUUGUUGUAUGGGUUACUAAGUACACCGGUGAGGCCUUUGCAGAGCUUUGA